AUGCAUGAUGUAUUAAUUGGCGUUAAUAUUGGACGAAAUAAAACUACAAAUACAGCUGUUGAACAAGAUUACACAUUGGGAAUUGAACAAUUCGGUUGUCUAGCUGAUUAUCUGGUGAUCAACAUCUCCAGUCCAAAUACGCCUGGUCUACGACAGUUACAGAAUGAAAAUGAAUUGAAAAAUCUUUUAACUUCCGUUCGUCGAAGUUGUGAUAAAGUCGCGUGUGAUAACCAAUUAAAACAGAAACCAUUGAUUUUACUGAAAGUCGCACCAGAUCUGGAUGAAGAUGAGAUUAAAUCGAUAUCAUCAAUCGUUCGUCAGCCGAAUACUUAUAUCGAUGGAUUGAUCGUAUCAAACACAACAGUGGCAAGAAUGGAAACAUUACAAAGUCAACAUCGAAAUGAAACCGGUGGUUUAAGUGGAAGACCAUUGAAAGACAAAGCACUUGAAACUCUUCGUUCGUUUCGACGUCAUACUCAGGGUCAAAUUCCCAUUAUUGGUGUUGGAGGAAUCGAAACAGCAGAUGACGUUUUCGAACGAAUCAAAGCGGGUGCUAGUCUCGUUCAAAUCUAUACAGGCUUAACUUAUUCUGGUCCUCCAUUAAUCAAUAAACUCAAUCGUCAGUUCGCGACUAUGAUGAAACAACAAAACAUAAAGCACAUUAAUGAUUUAGUUGGUAAAGACGAUCGCCGUUAG